GUGUGCCGCCGCUGGCCCAGCGUCGAGGCGUUGCCUCAUGCCGUGGAACUCAUUCGCACGUUCACUGAGGACAUCUCGAAAAGAGCGCUGACCAAUCUGCUGGAGCGUGGUGAGCCAAGUCUUUUCUUCCAAGUGCUCCAGGCUGUGGAUGAAAGCAAGAACCUUGCGCAUCACGAGAAGCUGCGCCAAUAUCGUCUCGCGAUGUAUUUGAUCCCGAGCAAAAUGACACUGAAACAAGGAAAACUGGAGGCGAUGAAGGAGCUGUAUAGGCGGUACCGUAACUCGGUGGAUGAUCGUACAAUCCAAGCUGCUUCAGAAACACCGGAACUACCGGUGCUCAAGUGGCUGCACUCGUGCCAGCCUAAGAUGUUCAAGAUUUUCUCGUGGUGCGAAGAGAAAAUAUUUGAGUGCGCCUCAAUGGAAGGCCGGGCGGAAGUGGUGCGCUGGCUGGUGAAGCUGUUCCCUGACGCAGUACGAAGUUUGGAGUUUGCCGCUGCUGGAGGACACACGGACCUUACCAAGUGGCUGAUGAAACACACAAAAUGGGCCACAGACUCUCUAGAGAAGUGGCUGCACGAAAACCGAUCGGAAGGCUGCACUACCAAUGCGAUGAAUUCGGCGGCCAACCGCGGCCACCUCGACGUCGUCAAGUGGCUCCAUGCCAAUCGCACUGAGGGCUGCACUUCACAAGCGAUGGAGGCAUCAUUCUUCUGUACUGGUAAAGGCAUUUUGUCCAAGGAGACGGUGGAUGAAGCGGCAAGCCACGGUUGUCUUGAGGUUGUGAAGUUUCUACAUGAACACCGUGUUUUUGAGAAAGGGUGUACCAAAAGUGCGAUGACCAAAGCAGCCCAUCACAACCACUUGGAUGUGAUCAAAUGGCUGCGUACCAACAGGCGGAAAACCAACACAGUACAGGCGAUGGAUGCGGCGGCGACUCGUGGCCAUCUCCAAGUGGUGAAGUGGCUCCACGAGAACGGUCAAGGCGGGUGCACAGCGUCCGCCUUGAGUUUGGCAGCUGAUGGCGGCUACCUCAAGAUUGUGAAGUUUUUGGCUGCGAACUACUCACUGGAUUGGUCUGAGAAAGCAAUUGCAUACGCGCAGUCGCAUGGCCACACUGAGACUGCGAAUUGGCUUCACUUCCACUUGGGGAUGAAGCUCUUGCCAUUUCUUCGCAACCCAACAGUCUUUUAUACUGGAGACGGUAACAAGCACCCCGAAGUGGUGCAAUGGUACAAGGACCACUACGGCAACCCACGCAAGCGCAGGUUUUCAGAUUAA